UUUGUUACAGUAACAUAUCUUUCCUUUCAGUGAAAUAUAUAUCAGAUUCUAUGGAGAACUUAAGGGAACCCCUCAAUGGUAAUGAAGAAUAUUUGUAUGAGAAUGUCCAUGACAUUGUGAUUGUAGGAGGAGGAGUUGCAGGCCUUGCCACAGCCCUUGCCCUGCAUAGGUUGGGUGUAAAGAGCCUAGUACUUGAGAAGGCCAGUAACCUUAGAACUAGUGGGGCUGCCUUCGUUAUGUGGGCAAAUGCAUGGAAAGCUCUUGAUGCUCUUGGUGUUGCAGACUCACUUCGCCCAAACUAUCGUCAACUUGAUGGAAUUCGUGGCUCGUCAAAUUGUACUGGGAUGAAAAAGGCAGUUCAACUCAUAAAGAAGACUAAAGGUGGAUUAACUACGAUGAUGGAAUCGAGAUGUAUAGAAAGAAUCAAGCUCAUAGAAACACUUGCUAAAGAAUUGCCUAAGGGGACUAUUAGAUUCAGUUCCAAAGUUGUUUUAAUAAAUAAGAAGAACCCAUCUUCUUUAACCUCACUAAAACUUGAAGAUGGACAAUCUAUUACAACAAAGAUAUUAAUAGGUUGUGAUGGAGUUUACUCAGUAGUUGGGAGUUUCAUGGGUAUACCACCAGCAAAGUCUUCAGGACGUAUUGCUAUUCGAGGCAUGGUGACAUAUGCAGAGAGUCACCAAGCAGGAUUCAUUCCUUGCACAGACAAACAAGUUUAUUGGUUUUUAACAAGAAGAUCACAACUUCAAGAUGCAAAUAUCUCUGGUGAUGCUGAAAAGAUUCGACAUGCAACCUUAGACAUGAUCCAUGAUUUUCCAAAGCCCUUUGCAGAAUUGGUAAAAGCAAGUCCAGCAGAAUCCAUUAGUUAUGCAGAUAUGAAGGUGAGGUUGGUGUGGCCAUGGAUGAAGCUCCUACCUGGUAAAGCAAAUGGAAGUGUGACACUUGUAGGAGAUGCACUCCAUCCAAUGACCCCUGAUCUUGGUCAAGGCGCAUGUUCUACUUUGGAGGAUGCAAUAGUGCUUGGAAGGUGCCUUGGAGAAACUAUGAAAAGCAUAAACAUAGUACAAUGGGGAGAGGAAGAAGAGAAAAAGAUAGAAUGGUGUUUCAACAAAUACUUGCAAGAGAGGAGAUGGAGAGUGUUUACCCUUGUCAAUGCAGCAUUAAUCAUAGGAAUUGUGAAUGAAGGAUCCUCUAAACUCAUUCGUUUUGCCCGUGAUAAGAUUUUAUUUCCCUUGUUCUCCGUGUCAUAUUUAAGGCAUUUUGCAGACUUUGACUGUGGAAAUCUGAAAGCCAAAUACUCCUGAGAGUGAAUACAAACAUUUGCAUUCAAAAAAGAAAGUUGUAAAGAAUAGUAAGACAGUAAAUGGGUUAAGGAAACCAACUCAAUG